AUGAAUCUGGCUGAUCAACACCCUGCAUGUGUAUAUUCUGUUUCUGUUGACCGCAGCAUUCACCAGCAAUGCACUGCCUCGAAUGAAGCACAUCAAAAAUUGUUGAAAAUCCCUGCUUCAUCUCCAUCCAUCCUGUUUAAGGAUGAUCCCUACACCUCUGACUAUGAAGACCCAUAUGACCACAAAAUCGACUCUGUCGGAGAAGAUCUCCAUCCUCUUCCGAUCCGCAAAGGAGGAGGUGCCAAUAUCUGGGGUCCGAGGAAUCGAGAUCGUGAGCAGCAGAAUCCGGAUAUCGUACGGCCUCCAACGACAGAUCAUGGCAGUUUGCCCAAUAUGAAGUGGAGUUUUGCCGACUCGCGGGUUCGGAUUGAGGAAGGAGGAUGGGCUCGUUCAGCCACGACACGGGAUCUGCCCACCAGCAAAGAGCUGGCAGGCGUUGAGAUGAGACUCGAUGAAGGCGCCAACCGUGAACUGCACUGGCAUCAGGAAGCGAAUGGGCAGGGAGGCAGCUUCGUCGACGAUCUGGAAGAGGGAGAUCUGUGGUAUUUUCCCGCUGGCUAUCCUCACUCGCUUCAGGGUCUCAGUCCGAAUGGAAGUGAAUUCCUGCUCAUCCUUGACAAUGGCAAUUUUGCCGAAGAGUCGACAUUCCUAUUGAAUGACUGGCUGGCACACACCCCCAAAUCCGUUCUGGGAGAGAACUUCAACGUCAAAGCAGAGAAAUUCGCCAACUUUCCCAAAUCGCAAAAAUACAUCUUCCAAGGUGACGUGCCUGGCGCUAUUGAUGAUGAGGAUUUGGAGGUGCUGGAGAUCUUCAGAGCAGAUCGCUUUACCGACUUUUCUCUACUGCAGUGGCUGGGAGAGACACCGUUGAAGUUGGUGGGAGAGAAUGUCUACAACAGGGGGGAAGAUAAUGAUGAUGCUGUGCAAGAGUUUCUGGAGAGUGUCCAAGGGGCAGAAAAGGACUUGAUCAAGGAUAGAGAAUGAUGUUAUAAUCAAAGAGAGAUAAUAUUGAUAGUAUUCACUGAGACUUGGACUUGAUAUACUGGACAAUCUCGCCGGCGGUGCGAAUCGUGGCAUCGUCGGCCGUAAAGUCCAGGUGGAAUUCCUGCUUCAUUAGCAUUGUCUGACGAUCCAGGGUAGAUGCAUACUUGUUGUAACCGGACGAGCAACCAGGCCAUGGUGUCC